GUAGUUUAGAGCAUAAGGGAAGACAGCAAAAGCUUACAGCAAACAAGCAACAGGCAAAAAAAGGAGGAGGAGGGGAGAAGGAGAAAGUGUGUAUCGAAGAGGACAUAAACAGUGACUUAGUGACAGACCUUCUCCCAGAGUGCUUGAGGAGUCAACUGAAGGGCACAAGAGUUCUUCUAUGAAAAGUUGGACCUUCUCAACUAUUGAGUUUCAUCUGAAUUACACCAACUUACCAACCUCUUGCAUAUCGAAGGCUGUGCUUUGAGCCUGUAUAAUGGCGGAGGCUCAUCAGGCGGUGGGCUUUCAGUUCACAGUCACACCUGAUGGCAUCGACCUGCAGCUGAGCCGUGAGGUGCUCAAACACAUCUACUUGUCUGGAGUGACAUCAUGGACGAAACGCGCCAUACGUUUUAAGAACGGCGUACUCACAGGUGUGUACCCAGCCAGCCCCUCCAGCUGGUUAAUCGUAGUUAUCGCGAUAAUGAGCACGAUGUACGCCAGGAUCGAUCCGUCCAUGGGCAUGAUUGACAGGAUCAAGACUUCUCUACCAGUGAGUGAGUUUAUGACCCUUCAGACUCAGACGGUGUUGAGUGCAGUCCUGUUCGCCACAGGUGUGUGGUUAUCCGUCAUUCUUCUGCUCCGUUACAUCUUGAAAGCCCUACUGUCCUAUCACGCCUGGAUCUUUGAGUCACACGGCAAAAUGAGCUUCUCUACUAAAGUCUGGCUGAGUCUAGUCAAGCUGUUGUCUGGUCGCCGGCCGUUGCUCUACAGCUUUCAAGCGUCUUUGCCUCGUCUGCCUGUACCAAGUAUUGAUGACACAAUCAGCAGGUAUCUAGAAUCAGUUCGCCCUCUUCUGGAUGAUGAACAGUAUAAACAGAUGGAGACUGUUGCUAAUGACUUCAAAAAGGACCCCGCGCCCAAAUUCCAAAAAUAUCUUGUACUCAAGUCUUGGUGGGCCACGAAUUAUGUGAGCGACUGGUGGGAGGAGUAUAUCUACCUGAGAGGACGAGAUCCCAUCAUGGUCAACAGCAAUUUCUACACUAUGGAUUUUCUCUAUGUGAUCCCUACACACAGACAAGCUGCACGCGCAGGAAAUGUAGUUCAUGCCAUGCUGAAGUAUCGCCGUAAACUGGAGAGAGGAGAGCUUACCCCGCUUAGGGCUCUUGGCAUUGUGCCCAUGUGCUCUUUUCAGUAUGAGAGAAUGUUCAACACAACCCGUAUCCCUGGCAUUGAGACCGAUUUUGUACAGCACCUGAAAGACAGGAAGCACCUGGUGGUAUAUCAUCGAGGUCGUUUCUUUAAGGUGUGGCUCUACUAUGGGGGUCGCCACCUUUGGCCUUCAGAGCUGGAAAUGCAAUUUCAACGCAUCCUUGAUGACAAGUCUGAACCUCAGCCUGGAGAGCUCAAACUCGCCGCACUUACAGCUGGGAACAGGGUUCCCUGGGCCAGGGCUCGUGUAAAGUACUUUAGUGAGAGUGUCAACAGGGCGUCUCUGGAGGCCAUUGAGACGGCAGCGUUCUUCCUGACCAUGGACGAUGAGGCACAUGGAUACGAUCCAGAGAACAUCCGCUCCCUAGACCUCUACGCUAAAUCUCUGCUGCAUGGAAAGUGCUAUGACAGGUGGUUUGAUAAGUCUUUCAAUUUGAUUGUUUACAAGAACGGUAAAAUGGGCGUCAACACUGAGCAUUCAUGGGCUGACGCCCCUAUUAUUGGACAAAUGUGGGAGUACAUACUGGCUACAGAUUGUUUCCACCUGGGAUACACAGAGGAAGGACAUUGCAAAGGAGACGUCAACAAAGGUCUGGCUCCCCCUUCCAGACUGCAAUGGGACAUUCCAAAAUCGUGCCAGGAGAUUAUUGAAGGUUCAUACAUGGUUGCGAAGGAGAUCGCAAACGACGUGGAUUUUCACGGCUGUUUGUUUACUGAGUUUGGAAAGGGUCUGAUAAAGAAAUGCAGAACAAGUCCAGAUGCUUUUAUCCAGCUGGCACUGCAACUGGCUCAUUAUAGGGACAAAGGUGAGUUCUGUCUGACUUACGAAUCAUCGAUGACACGCAUGUUCCGUGAGGGCCGGACAGAAACCGUGCGAUCCUGUACCUGUGAGUCUACGGCAUUUGUAAGAGCAAUGGAGGAUAAGAAAAGCACGAAUGAGCAGAGGCUUGCACUCUUCCGGAAAGCCGCUGAAAAGCACCAGAACAUGUACCGCCUGGCCAUGAUGGGAGCCGGUAUCGACCGCCAUCUCUUCUGCCUGUACAUUGUGUCUAAAGUGAUGGACAUAGACUCACCAUUCCUCAAACAGGUUUUGUCUGAGCCCUGGCGUCUCUCCACCAGUCAAACCCCUCAACAGCAGCUCAAUCUCAUUGAUAUUCAGAAGUUUCCUAAAUAUGUGGGAGCAGGAGGUGGUUUUGGGCCUGUUGCCGAUGAUGGUUAUGGUGUUUCAUACAUCAUUGUCGGAGAGAAUCUCAUCACAUUCCACAUUUCCAGCAAGUUCUCCAGUCCAGAGACAGACUCGUAUCGCUUUGGGCAGAACAUCAAGCAGGCCAUGCUGGACAUAAGAGCUCUAUUCAACCAGAAAGAGAAGAAAAUGUGACUUCAAAAUAAAAAAAUAACCAAAAACAAAACGAAACAGGAAGCCUCGACUCCAUUGACCAAUGGAAAGCACUGGUUGUAUAACAGUUGUAAUCCGACUUUAUGCACCAUGAGGCUGGUAUGAAGUAAAUAUGACAUAAUACAUAUGUUAUUUAGUAGGCAAACACUAUUUAUUUAUUGUAAAAAAAAAACAGCCUUGAUGAAACUGGCAUCUGUGCACUUAGACAUUGUAGAGGAAAAGUCAUUGCACUGAUGUUGCUGACAAAAAUGCACACAACAUGAAAACAGUUGAAUUUGUAAUGUUUCGAUUGUAAAUACUGAGUUUUUGGCAUGUCUUUUUUUUUCUGGGGUCUUUGUCAAAUGACUGUAAAUACCUAAUUAGUGCAUAUUGUUUUUAAAAUGCUGAAUUCUGUAUUUAAUUAAAAGGGAACUCUUCAAGA